CGUCAGUUGUUGUUUUUUUGCAGCGGUUAUUCAGCUGCAUAAGAAGAUAUCAAAGUAAACGGGCGCUAAUAGAUCGGUAUUAGAAGGAGGGGGAUGCUUUGCUGAUGUGAAAUUAUAUUUGAUUUGCCAAGGAAGUCGGUUGAAAGAAAUAUUGCGACUCAGCACUCCUUUGAUUCCUUUGUAAUUUUCAGCUACUCUUAGCCCGCUUUUUCAGAAUGAUGGCAGAGGAGCAUUCCAGCUCUUCUUCAUCCUCGUUCUUCCACCCACCGGGCCGGACAGGGUUGUUGACGGGCCGCCUGUCCAGCGGGUCACUGGGAACAACAAAUGUGGGAACAAAUGGAGGUGGUGCAACAACGACAACCAAUAACAUUCCGUCGUUGCACUUGCAGACCAAAAAUUCCCGCGGUCAGCCGUCUGCUGCGAGUUUUUUGUGCAAAAACUACCCGGGUGCAGCAGCGGGGAGUUUGUUGUUGGGAACAACAAGUGCAAGUCCACAAAUCGCGAUGGCCGGUGUACAUCGCGCUGCUGCCAAUUACACCGACGACACACCGGACACUAGUUCUUCGCGUGCCGGUACGCUGUCGACCGCCCGGAGUGAACAACAAGCCGUUCGGCCGCCGGGCACGCGGCCCCGCGGCCCGGGCUAUGCUGUGAACAUGACUGCGGUCGCCGAGGCCAGAAAUAAGGUCCCGCUUCUUGCUGCUACGCUGUCGGCCCGGAAGGAGGGCAAGCUGACUCCCCGUGGCGGUGGAGGUGUUUUUGCGGCUUUGAAUGCUCCUGAUGUCAACACAGCUGUGGGCACGCCGCAGGAAAGAACAAAACAAGAAGCGUUCUUGCAGGAUGAAGAGGUCAUAGCACCAUCUUCGAAUCCGCCGCGCGCCGCCACACCUCCGCCGGAGGUUUCCGGGUCCGCGAAGCGCGCGGCUGCGCGGGGCAAAAGAAUGCCGAUUUCGGCCUACAUGAACGGGACGGCGAGCAUCAGCGCUGCUUCGUCGCCGAGCACAAAAACUGGACCACCAUCUGCUUUAUCUAGUUCGUCCGCGGCAACGCAACUCCGACCAGCAAGUCCACCGAAGCAAACGACCGCUGCUGCCACGUCGACGAGCAGCCGCUUCUCCCCGCCGCGGGGCCGGUCAGCCACACCGGAGAAAACUUCUGCGGUCAGCCCGUUGUAUCAAAUGUAAAAAUGUCUGGGUCUGGAAAUUUCUGAGACUCGUCAUGCACGUUUUGCAUGGGCCAUGAUGUCUGUGAUGCAUGUCCUAGCACCAAAGACUUUUUGAGGGCUUCGCGAUGCCUAUUCCGCAUGGCAAAUGCCCUCUCCGCGUAGCCAAAAUUGCACUCCCUUUGCUGCUUAUGCAAUACAGUUUUUUUUGGAAACCAGAUGCAGCAUCACAAGUUUGCAUUCUUCCAGACCCAGACAUUUUUGCAUUUGAUACGUUGGCGAAAAUGUUGAAUCUGAAUGUCGGAACAACAAUAUGAGAGUGCACAACUCCCCCUCCCCCUCAUUUGUAAUGCAAAAUACCAAAUUCACACCUUGCUCGUAGGCACUGUGAGCAUGACAAAUUUUGGAACCUCAAAUAGUACUACAAUCCGCACGCAGAUUUGUCAUGCGAAAGCCCCUUUUCUGCUGUUGCUUGUGUUGCUGUUCAUGCAAUACAAAUGAGGGGGAGGGGGAGUUGUGCACUGUUAUAAACAAGAGCAGUUCUUGGCACCACUGGCCCCUCGCCGCGAGCGGAUGCUGUGAUGAAAGCUGCAGCGCCGCAGACGCCCAAUGCUCGCAGUGCCUCCCCCCCGAAGUCCCCCGUGGCUGCAGCGUUGAACGUCGUGCAGGUUUCUGUGUUGGGUGGACCUGGUGCUGGAAGCCGGUCGCGGGCCCGGUCUUCCCCGAAAAGUACCGGCGCGGCGGUCGCGGCCGCGUUAUAUCCACAGAAAAAAACCCAUCCACAUCCAUUUUUUGCAUGGCAAACACAUGGCUUGAUACGUGUUUUGCAUGACAAAUUGGAUGUGGAUGGUUUUUUUUCUGUGGGUACGUUCCGCGGAGAAACGCCGACCCGGACACGGCGAAAGGCCGCGUCGCCAGUAUUUUCGGGCGUCACGUUUCCGAGGGCGGUAUUUAGUACUAUCCGUAACUUCUUCUUUGGACAGCACCCUUCUUGAUUCAUUUCUGAAACUACAUUCUUGUACUGAUGUGAUUUUCAGAAGAAGUGCCUCGAGAGAAAGAAAUGGUAGAAAUAAGCCUUAGUGACGACCAUUACAUCUUCUCGCCAUGCUGGUUCAUAUCUGGAGGACGUUUAUGGUUUCAUUAAUAACUGAAUGUGAGCAACACAGCAGGAGCAUGAUGCUCAAGUGCUGACUUGUAUAGAUACAAAGCACGAUCUACUUAAACGUCAAUUCACGAAACCCAGCCCCGGCAACCACGGAGGAAGCAGCCUCAUCCCAAGCCUCGGCAACUUUAUCCACAGAAAAAAACCCAUUCACAUCCAUUUUUUGCAUGACAAACACAGGACUUUAUGUAUGUUUUGCAUGACAAAUUGGAUGUGGAUGGGUGUUUUUUCCUGGAUAAACUUCUCCAGGAGGCGACAGAGUCGGAUGAGCAAAUAACGCAGAAGCCGCCUCAAGGACAAGCGCAAGAGCAAGAAACCGAGACCAAGAGCAGAUUUGACGCCCUUCCCUACAGUACAGCUUUAACUUUAUCUUGUUCAUCGUCAACAACAUGAACAAGAUCAAGAACAUCAACAUGGAUAGAAGCUUCAUGAUUUCAUCAUUUUCAACAAAUGGAUUUUCGAUAAGCUCGCCGUGGCCUACUUUCUCUCUAUGUCUACGAGGACGUCGUGCGAUAAAAUACAAAUCCUAGAUGACGCAGAUGAACCAAAAUUACAUUUGCAUGUCACUCCAAACACUCAACUUCUAAAACUCUAACUCUCACCACCCUCCAGAACCGCCCCAAUUGAGUCUGACCACCGCACCCCACUGGAAUGCGCCAAAGUACGUCCGCGCUUCUGUGAAUGACGGCACACUGAACAGCAAGGAAGUGCCGGCACUGCAACUCCCCAAGGGCAUCGCCGGGUGGCAGUCCAGUCCGCGCUUGACGCCGACGGAAGACUUAAACAAGCAGCUCCCGUCGAGCCCAAAGAGCCCGCUCCACCGGUCCCGGGACAACUCCACGCACUUGGUACCACCAAAGAUCGAAACGCCGGGCAGGAUCGACACCACCGCCGGGCUGGCAUCGACCGCCAAAGAGCUGCGCGCGCAACUCACCGGGAGGCUACAGGUGCGUUUUUAUUUCGUGUUUUUCUUUUUUGUGUAUUGAUGUGAAUUCAAAUCAAUGCAUUGACCGCGUAUUUCGCAUGCGAUAUUAUUUUGGUGUUACACUCCACAAAACAGGCUGUUGACCUGACGGCCCCGAAACAGUUGCCGAAAACUCCGGACCUCCUUUCCGCACGAACACCACCACCACCGUCGGCCGAACGCUAUGCGGCAGGCCAAGGGAGAGGGGGUGAUGUACAACGAGAUGCUCCGGAACAAGAUAGGCAGUUGAAGCCCGCCGUGGGGGAACAAGAAGCCACUGCAAAAGAUGGAAAUGGUGCUACAACAUCUAUUCCCAAUGCGCCGAUGAUGAUGAAUCAGGAAACACCCGCAUCAACACGAACACAAGAAGACAAAAGCCUGCAGCUGGAAGCAGGCGCCUCGCUCUUUUUCGACCCAGCAGCCAUCAUGGUGGGCGCCGCGAAGACGUUGCGAGCCCAGGGAAAGGUCCUCCACCACACGCCGGGCCGCGUGUCGCUGCCGGUGAGUGCCCGCCCCGGGGCAUUGAAGGUGGACGGGAAUAUGAAACGAAGCCCCGUCGGCGAUGGGGCGGCGGGACCAACCAGUAUCAAAUGCAAAAAUGUCUGGGCCUGGAAGAAUGUUGCAAGAUUUGUCAUGCAUGUUUCUCAUGACCCAUGAUGCCUGUAAUGCUUGACCUAGCAUCGCAGACUUUUAGAGGGCUUCCUGAUGCACCUUCCGCAUGACAAAUGCCCUGUCCGUGUGGCAAAAACUGUACCUCUCUUGCUGGCCAUGCAAUACAAAUUCUUUUAGAGUCCAAAAACAGCAUGACAAGUUGCAAUCUUCCAGACCCAGACACUUUUGCACAGCAUAGCGAGUCUUCUGACCGCGGAGCAGAGCGAGAUCCGGCGCAUGGCGUCAGAGGCGGGCACGAAGGUGAUCCAAGAUUCCGUAUACAUUGCAAGAAUGUCUGGGCCUGGAAAGUUGUGAUGCAAGGAAGGGAAGAGUGAGCACAUUGUAAUGCGCUGCCCAGCAUAACAAGUUUUUCCGUGGUUUAGAGUUGCGCACUCCGCAUGAGAAACUGCGUUGGUUUUUGCAUGACAGAAAAGAGGAGUUUUUCGCGGGCACGCAAUACAGAGCUGCGAGUCAUGCCAGACUAGCAUGACAAACUAUCUCGCAAUUUCCCAGACCCAGACAUAUUUGCAGUGUAUAUUCCGCGGACCACAACAACAGCGCCACCUCCCGCGCGACCAUCCUGACGCACCCGCAUUUGCCGGUCCACCCAGGCCAGGACCCGUUCAGCGCUCGCCUGACUAGUAGUGCGGCGGAAGCGUUCGCGGAAUUGGAGGGGGUGCGGAGGCAACAGGACCUGGCCUUUCAGGAGAAGGAAAAGAACCUUGUCAGGAGCAAUAAUGAAAGCAGCCAUUUGCUCCUGUCGGACCUCGUGAAUGGAAAGGCGUUCAGCAUCACGACCCGCGGGUUGCCCAAAAUCCACACGACCUUGAACGCGUUUAAGCGCCACGGAAACAUCUGGAGUGCACGAUUCGGGAGCAAUCUGGAGGGAAGCAACAUGAACGACAACGCCACUGACUUCUACGAGGAGGCCAAAGACUUCGCCUUACUGCACUCCACGGAGUCCAUUCACGAAGACCUGAUGUCCCAAACCCCGCGGGGGUUGCUGCGGAGUCCCGUACCCGUGGCGGUGAUCGGGGACAAUUAUGUCAAGGGUGUUCCCGCCUCUCCGCCCACGAUCAACUACAUGUUUCGCCCACUGGAGGAGGAGUUUGUCGUGGCACGCAAACUUCCAGUUCAUCCCGCGGCAGAAAGAUCAGAAGCAGCCGUGUUGGCCGAACAAGCUGAAGAAAACUAUGCGAGAAAUGAACUGCCCGAGGAACAAGAGGAACUGCAAACGCUGCUGUUGGAGCGACCGCUGAUCAUUGGGGCCUCGAACCAUCUGAUGCCCCCGAUGAAAAGCCCGGUUGAUCAGGAGGUCGCGUCCAAGGAAACGGUAGAGCAGUUAAGUGCAGCUGCUUCCCCCGCAGUGGACCACAACCAGAAAGCGUUGUUUAGUCCCGACACGAUUUUAAGGAUGAACAAUAUUAAAACCGGUGAAAAUCUUCCCAAGGGCCAGAAAAGCACCACCAGCAGCGGGAUUGCCAUCACUUCGGUGAUAUGAACUGUAAAAGUAUCGUACUCGUAUAAAUGCAUUACAAACUUCCCCAGCAUGACAAAGAAAAUUUGUAAUGCGGAUUUACUCUCUACUGUAUUUUCUAAGUAAUUUAUUGCACUUCGUAAAGUUCACGUUUAAUUUUUGUCUAAGCUCAUCGUGUUAUACUCUCUACUGUAUUUUCUAAGUAAAUACUACUUUUCUCUCGUGCACCAUCAGAAGUGCACUGAAUCGCGAGGGUAUGACGAUGAAUGGCUUGGACUCCAAACCUCGAGUUAGGUGCCACGCCCCCGGCCCUUCGGCUUCGCGGCUGAGGGGUUGGGUUUCGUUGUGACGGAAAGUAUAGUCUUUGCACAGCAACGUGAAUCCGAUUUACUUGCUGCUGCUGUGUAUGUUUUGUAUGACAUGCUACCAAGUAUGUCUUUGCCUUUCGUGAAAAUGUGUGAUGAUUUGUAUGGUUGCCUGCGCUUCGUUGCUACUGCACUUCCUUCGUUAGUACCUGUUUCCUCGUAUGGAGCUAGAUCGCAAAUUCGUACGCUCCUCAUUCCGAAAAGUCCGAUCUUCCCUGCCUUCCCCUCAUGCCCACGUAGAUGUAGGUCGCUACCCUUUUACUUCCUCUCUGCCGUGUAGUUUUGUCUUCUUAUUUGUUUCAUCCUUGUACUAGCGCUAGUUCGCGGAACCCGCUUCCUCGCAGGGGCAGCUGUUUUUUUUUCCGCCUUGCCAGCGGGUUUGUUUGGGGGGAUACGACAGUAUCGGCGUCGGGGGAAAUCGCCGAUGGGAUACGACCGUUCGGGGAGCGACUGGCCAGGCGGGGAAAAUAGUGAUGCGGUGUCGGGUCUCGCAGCUCCACUUCUCCGUCUUAUUUCCGUCUUCGGGUGCCUGGCUUUCUUCUGCGCCUUUUUCCGCUGGGGCUCAUCUUUGCAUGACAUAGGAGAAUAUCUCAAUAUAGAAACAGGGCUAGUAGAAAUAAUUAGAAUUAAAAUUUUAUUGGUUUACGUAACCGGGGGGCGGCUUGAUGUCUGCGGCGGAUGAUGACAGUGUGCACAUUCCUACAAAUACAUGGCUGCCGGGCUGCUUCCCGGUUGGUCUAGUACAAAAAAACAUUUUGGCACUGAUCCGCUAAACACCUUGCUGCCUACCCCGCCCGCUCGGGGGAUAAUUAUCUCUAGACAGGGCACCGUCUGCGGUUGUCCUUUAGGGCGUUCGAGUCUAGAUAGAAUGCUACCAUGCGUAAAUCUUUCAUUUUGCAUGGGCUCCUGGUGGCUGCUUCCACCGUCGGGGAGUAUAAUCUGACCAAACAUAAGUCAUUGACCACUGGGUCGCUGUGACGCCGUGCCUGCACGCACCAUCAGAAGUGCGACGAGGUGCCAAUCGUGUUGAUGCACGCACCAUCAGAAGUGCGUUGAUGCGCGAGGGUCGUGAAUGAAUGAAUGAAUAAUUUAUUGGUUUUAGUAAGGCCUGAUGCCACAAGGGACGAACUGCCCGUAGACCUCCGAUGUAAUGCGGAUUUACCUUUAAAAAAAGGGCUUGUAAUGCAUGAUUGCAAUACGAGUGCGAUACUUUUGCACAGGAUAGGUGAAAAAGGAGCUGGUGACGGGUUGGCGCCCCGAAAUUGACGAGGCGGGCAAUGUCGUGUGGUACCCGGAUUUUUCCUAUCAACUGCAAAAAUGUCUGGGUCUGGAAGAAUGCCAAACUUGUCAUGCAGGUUUUCCAUGACCCGUGAGGUCUGGAGUGCGGGACCUAGCAUGACAGAUUCUUUGAUGUCUCUCUCAUGCCUAAACUGCAUUACAAACUCCCUCUUAGCCUGGUCAAAAGAGAACAACUUUUGGUGAUCACGCAACACAUAUUUUUGUGUGACCCACAGGACGGAUCACAAGUUCCAACCUUCCAGACCCAGACACUUUUGCAGUUCAUAUUUCCCCCGUCUCUCUCGUUCACCCCACGUUGGAUUCCCGUGUGCACUUCCCGCACACGGCCAACGCCGCGGCCAAGUCGUUUAGCCACAUCGGGGGCAAUUUCCACCGCAUCAGCCAGAAUCACGACGACAUGCUGAACGGGGUCUUGCGCGGAGGUGCGGGCGCUGGUGCUACUGCGGCGGAAGGAGAGGCGACUGUAGAUGUUGAUUCGGAGGGUCCUCCGCGAAAUCCAGUCAGUGCAGCAGGGCCCUCGUCCCGCGGACGAACUGCUGGCGCUCUUAAUAAUACCGCAAGACAGGAAGGCUUGCGGGAUUUCGACACCAAUCUGCGGGAGACGGAAACAGGUGUGGAUUACAUGGACCAACUCUGGGCCUCUUUCGAGGACGAGAAGGCCUUUCAGGAAUCGUCCAUCUACAACGGCUCCAAGGAAUCAUCUGCGAAAAACCGCGCACGGAGUGUGAAUUUAGACCGAGAAGAGCCGAGUGAAGACGAGGAGGUGUUUCAAGUGAUGUCCGGGUUCAAGAGAAACACGAUGUUGUCCUCCGCGAACAAAAGUGAUGCUGGCGGACCUGGUCUAGUGCACAUCUCGGGAGGUGUUUUAGCCGCGCACCUGUCAUCAUCUCCGCGAGGCAUUCAUCCGGCUACGGGUCGAUUCGCCCGGGGAUCGGCGAAUUCCACGCGCCGAAGCCGGGGAACAACUACCACCGCGAUGUUAUGAGAGUGCACAUCAAGUCCUCCUGGUCCUGCCCCUCAUUUGUUUAGCAUAAACAGCAAUGCAAACACCAGGACACGUGGAGCCUAUGCAUGGCAAAUUUGUGUGUCCAAUGUUUGUACUCGUACUGUUUGGGCUUUAUCCGGACUGAUGUGUCAUGCAACCAGUGCCACAAGGCAGCGACUGGAUUUGGGGUUUUGCAUGACAAAUGAGGGGGACGAGGGGGAGUUGUGCACUGUCAUAGAUGUCUACGUCGAUGCAGACAGCCACUUCCACACCCGGCUACGCUCCGGAGUCGGUGCUCUUCCCGCGCCGAGUAGGCGUGGAGCAUGAGCAGGAACGUGUGCUCAUGCGGGAGGGCCUGGGGCCGCAGGCACUCACGGUGAAGUCGUCUCGGUCGGUAUCGCCUUUGGAGGCGGGUAGGAGCGCGAAGAGUGUCGGGCCUUUUAAGAAAUCUGUCCUCGCAGCGACCCACUCGCGGAGAUCGCUAGCGCAAAUGGAGAAGAAGCAGGUACAUGUGAUGCGUCCUUCUAGAACAAGCUUAUCUAAAAGAAGCGGUCAGCUUUAGUCUGCAAGGAUGAACUUUUUGAUACUACUUGUUACCAUCAAUAACACGCUUUUGCGUGUUGGCAACGGCCUGACACACAUUGUUGAUAUUCUUGAAGAUGACAGUUCUAAUGCGGCCAGCUCACGCUACUUUGGAUUUGGAGAUAGAGAUGCUGGAAGAGGAUACAAAAAAAUAAUGCAUGUGUCGGCAACAAACAACAGGAGCAACAAGCAGAAGACCGGUAUAGCCGGAACAUGGCGCUGGCCUUCUACGGCGAAAUGGAAGAUGACAGCCUCACCAGUCAAGAGACCCUGGCCCGGGGCGCAAAAAAGGAAGACGCAGCCGCAUCACCGGAGAAAACGCAAGCAGACCCUGCCGACGGCUUGAUUUUAUUUCAGUGAUGAAGAAGUACUUGUAAUUAGAUAGUACGACUUACUUUCUUUCGUUCCUUGCAUGUUAUUUUUUUGGUAUACAAUUUCUGUUUCACUCGACAGCGACACUAUCAUGAGAUACACACGAAUAGUUUUGAACUUUACAAACUUGUUUACAACUACCUGUCAACUUUACCUUCGAUGAAAACUGUACUAGUUGUGCUGUCCCUUGUUUCAAAGAAAAAAACGAUUUUUCCUUGCAUUUAUCUAGGCACUCCAAAAUCGAGGAAAGGAGCAAAGAAUUAUUUGAAUGACCGAUUUAGUUUUAGAGCUUCAUGCGCAUCACGAUUUUUCUGCUUCAUGACAAAUACGAAAAGUUUCGACUUGUUUUUUAACUCCGAGCAACUAGUUAUUCGCAUUGAAGACGCCUCUUAUCAACCUGUAAAAUAGUGUGAUGUAUUGGAUAUGGAUUCAAAGUUUUUUAUUGACAACCAAAGUUUUUUAUUGACAACUUUUUCAUUGAGUUUGUAUGCUGCACACAUUGGAUUGAAUGUACCAUUUGCAUAGAAU